ACCAUGCAGGGCAGAGGAAUUGCUCUUCUCCUGGGCUUGUUCUAUCUCACUUCCAGGAUAAGGACACAGAUGCACAAAGUUUUUCCAUCAUCUGGACGAUGCCUGAACUCCAUGGCCUGCCCACAUAAUUCAAACUGCAUAGAUACGGGAAAAGAUUACUACUGUCUCUGUUACCCUGGAUUUGCAUUGGCCUCUGGAGACCGUGUCUUCACUGACCCAAAUAACAAAUGUGAAGAUGAGGAUGAGUGUGCAGAUUCCACAGUGUGCCCACCAUAUUCCACCUGUACCAACACCCCUGGAAACUAUACAUGCACUUGCAAACGCGGUUUUGUAAGGAGGAAUAGGAAAAUCCAGGCUAAGCAUCUCCACAAUAUGGAGUGCCAAGAUGUGGAUGAAUGUUCCCAGAGUCCCAAUCCUUGUGGUCCCAAUACCAACUGCACGAACCUCCUUGGAAGAUAUAAAUGCAGCUGUUUGCCUGGAUUUUCUUCUCCCAGUGGAAAAUCUUGGAUCCCUGGUAGGACAGGCCCCUUCCAAUGUACAGAUAUUAAUGAGUGUCUCAGUAAAACAGCCUGCCCCCAGCAUUAUACCUGUCAGAAUACCCCAGGGAAUUAUGCCUGUACCUGCAGUGCUGGCUUCAUCAUUAGGAACUCUCAAUGUGAAGACAUGGAUGAAUGUUCCCAGAGUCCCAAUGCUUGUGGUCCCAAUACCAACUGCACGAACCUCCUUGGAAGCUAUAGUUGCAGCUGUUUGCCUGGAUUUUCUUCUCCCAGUGGAAAAUCUUGGAUCCCUGGGAGGACAGGCCCCUUCCAAUGUACAGAUAUUAAUGAGUGUCUCAGUAAAACAGCCUGCCCCCAGCAUUAUACCUGUCAGAAUACCCCAGGGAGUUAUGCCUGUACCUGCAGUGCUGGCUUCAUCAUUAGGAACUCUCAAUGUGAAGACAUGGAUGAAUGUUCCCAGAGUCCCAAUGCUUGUGGUCCCAAUACCAACUGCACGAACCUCCUUGGAAGCUAUAGUUGCAGCUGUUUGCCUGGAUUUUCUUCUCCCAGUGGAAAAUCUUGGAUCCCUGGGAGGACAGGCCCCUUCCAAUGUACAGAUAUUAAUGAGUGUCUCAGUAAAACAGCCUGCCCCCAGCAUUAUACCUGUCAGAAUACCCCAGGGAGUUAUGCCUGUACCUGCAGUGCUGGCUUCAUCAUUAGGAACUCUCAAUGUGAAGACAUGGAUGAAUGUUCCCAAAGUCCCAAUCCUUGUGGUCCCAAUACCAACUGCACCAACCUCCUUGGAAGCUAUAGUUGCAGCUGUUUGCCUGGAUUUUCUUCUCCCAGUGGAAAAUCUUGGAUCCCUGGGAGGACAGGCCCCUUCCAAUGUACAGAUAUUAAUGAGUGUCUCAGUAAAACAGCCUGCCCCCAGCAUUAUACCUGUCAGAAUACCCCAGGGAGUUAUGCCUGUACCUGCAGUGCUGGCUUCAUCAUUAGGAACUCUCAAUGUGAAGACAUGGAUGAAUGUUCCCAGAGUCCCAAUGCUUGUGGUCCCAAUACCAACUGCACGAACCUCCUUGGAAGCUAUAGUUGCAGCUGUUUGCCUGGAUUUUCUUCUCCCAGUGGAAAAUCUUGGAUCCCUGGGAGGACAGGCCCCUUCCAAUGUACAGAUAUUAAUGAGUGUCUCAGUAAAACAGCCUGCCCCCAGCAUUAUACCUGUCAGAAUACCCCAGGGAGUUAUGCCUGUACCUGCAGUGCUGGCUUCAUCAUUAGGAACUCUCAAUGUGAAGACAUGGAUGAAUGUUCCCAGAGUCCCAAUGCUUGUGGUCCCAAUACCAACUGCACGAACCUCCUUGGAAGCUAUAGUUGCAGCUGUUUGCCUGGAUUUUCUUCUCCCAGUGGAAAAUCUUGGAUCCCUGGGAGGACAGGCCCCUUCCAAUGUACAGAUAUUAAUGAGUGUCUCAGUAAAACAGCCUGCCCCCAGCAUUAUACCUGUCAGAAUACCCCAGGGAGUUAUGCCUGUACCUGCAGUGCUGGCUUCAUCAUUAGGAACUCUCAAUGUGAAGACAUGGAUGAAUGUUCCCAAAGUCCCAAUCCUUGUGGUCCCAAUACCAACUGCACCAACCUCCUUGGAAGCUAUAGUUGCAGCUGUUUGCCUGGAUUUUCUUCUCCCAGUGGAAAAUCUUGGAUCCCUGGGAGGACAGGCCCCUUCCAAUGUACAGAUAUUAAUGAGUGUCUCAGUAAAACAGCCUGCCCCCAGCAUUAUACCUGUCAGAAUACCCCAGGGAGUUAUGCCUGUACCUGCAGUGCUGGCUUCAUCAUUAGGAACUCUCAAUGUGAAGACAUGGAUGAAUGUUCCCAGAGUCCCAAUGCUUGUGGUCCCAAUACCAACUGCACGAACCUCCUUGGAAGCUAUAGUUGCAGCUGUUUGCCUGGAUUUUCUUCUCCCAGUGGAAAAUCUUGGAUCCCUGGUAGGACAGGCCCCUUCCAAUGUACAGAUAUUAAUGAGUGUCUCAGUAAAACAGCCUGCCCCCAGCAUUAUACCUGUCAGAAUACCCCAGGGAGUUAUGCCUGUACCUGCAGUGCUGGCUUCAUCAUUAGGAACUCUCAAUGUGAAGACAUGGAUGAAUGUUCCCAGAGUCCCAAUGCUUGUGGUCCCAAUACCAACUGCACGAACCUCCUUGGAAGCUAUAGUUGCAGCUGUUUGCCUGGAUUUUCUUCUCCCAGUGGAAAAUCUUGGAUCCCUGGGAGGACAGGCCCCUUCCAAUGUACAGAUAUUAAUGAGUGUCUCAGUAAAACAGCCUGCCCCCAGCAUUAUACCUGUCAGAAUACCCCAGGGAGUUAUGCCUGUACCUGCAGUGCUGGCUUCAUCAUUAGGAACUCUCAAUGUGAAGACAUGGAUGAAUGUUCCCAAAGUCCCAAUCCUUGUGGUCCCAAUACCAACUGCACCAACCUCCUUGGAAGCUAUAGUUGCAGCUGUUUGCCUGGAUUUUCUUCUCCCAGUGGAAAAUCUUGGAUCCCUGGGAGGACAGGCCCCUUCCAAUGUACAGAUGUGGAUGAAUGUUCCCAGAGUUCCAAUCCUUGUGGUCCCAAUACCAACUGCACUAACAUCCCUGGAAGAUAUAAAUGCAGCUGUUUGCCUGGAUUUUCUUCUCCCAGUGGAAAAUCUUGGAUCCCUGGUAGAACAGGCCCUUUCCAAUGUACAGAUAUUAAUGAGUGUCUCAGUAAAACAGCCUGCCCCCAGCAUUAUACCUGUCAGAAUACCCCAGGGAGUUAUGACUGUACCUGCAGUGCUGGCUUCACCUUCAGGAACUCUCAAUGUGAAGAUGUGGAUGAAUGCAUGGAUGCCACAGCUUGUCCAAAACAUGCUACUUGUACCAACACACCAGGAAACUAUUUCUGCACCUGCAAACGUGGAUAUAAGUCAAGCACUUUGGAAGUGAGCUUCCGAGGCCAAGGAACACAGUGCAAAAGGACUCUUGUCAAGUGCAAAGCAGACUUCCUGGAUCAGGAACAGGUGAAGCACUGCCAAACCAAUUCAACUCAACCUGUGUUUCCUGCAUACACUCCCUUCUGCAUGCUAGUGGACUCCACCUUUAGUGUUCUGGAAGACACCUGUGGGAGUAAGACCACCACUGUGUCUUUAAAGAAAGCUGCUGACAACCUGGCAUCUGUCCUCCAAGAGACCUCCACAUGGCACAACUUGAGUCAGGAGGAGACCUCAAACCUCGCAACAGUUUUUCUGAACAGUGUAGAGAGUAUCACAUUGGCAGCCUUUGUCAGUCCCUCUGGGAACACGAGUCAGAGUCAGACGGUGACAAAUGAAUAUCUAGAUAUUGAGAGCAAAGUCAUCCAAGACGACUGCCUGGUGGAAAACUUACCUUUGACCUUGUCAGCCAAAGGGGAUUCCAUGACGAUUGAGUGCAGCACCAUAAAUGAAUCUGUAUCCUUGGGUACAUUAUCAGGUAUCAUGGGAGUAGCUUUUACUUCUUUCCUGGGCAUGGAGUCCUUUCUAGAUGAAAGCUACUUCUACGACCCAAAGGCUAACUUGACCAGCUCUCCUCAGAAGCUUUGGAUGAAUUCUCGAGUUGUAAGGGGCAUCAUCACUGGUGACAAGAAAGACAACUUCUCCAAACCAAUCAUUUACACUCUGGAGAACAUCCAGCCGAAAAAGAGUUCAGACACAUCCAUCUGCGUCUCCUGGGAUCCAGAGAUCAAGGGUGGGAAGUGGACAUCCUCAGGCUGUGUGAUGCUAUACUCCACUGAGACACAUACCACAUGCAGCUGCAAUCACUUGGCCAACAUGGCUGUUAUCAUGGCAUCUGGGGAGAUCACGAUGGAUUUUGCCUUGUUUUUGAUAAGCCACGUGGGGAUGAUUCUUUCACUCCUGUGUCUUGCCUUGGCUAUUGCCACCUUCCUGCUGUGCCGCUCCAUCCAGAAUUGCAACACCACUCUCCACCUGCACCUGUGUGUCUGCCUCUUCCUGGCUAAGCUCCUCUUCUUAGUAGGAGUGGACAAGACAGAGAACAAGACCGUGUGUGCAGUCAUUGCUGGACUGCUGCACUACCUCUUCCUGGCCUGCUUUGCCUGGAUGCUGGUGGAGGCCAUGAUGCUAUUUCUGAUGGUCAGGAACCUCAAGGUUGUGAACUACUUUAGCUCCCGCAAUAUCAAGACAGUGUAUCUCUGCGCCUUUGGCUAUGGUCUUCCAGGGCUGAUUGUGGCUGUGGCCGCAGGAAGUCAGUGGGAAGGCUACGGGAUGCAUAACCGCUGCUGGCUGAAUACGGAUACUUGGUUCAUCUGGAGUUUCCUGGGACCUGUUUGCACAAUAAUAAUGAUUAAUUCAGUCCUCCUGGUGUGCACCCUUUGUAUCCUGAGAAAGAAGUUGUCUACUGUCAAUGCAGAAGUAUCCACCCUUAAAGACAACAGGAUACUGACAUUUAAAGCUUUUGCUCAGCUCUUCAUCCUGGGAUGCUCCUGGAUUCUGGGAAUUUUUCAGAUUGGUCCCAUAGCGAGUAUCAUGGCUUACUUAUUUACCAUUAUCAAUAGUCUGCAAGGAACCUUCAUUUUCAUCAUCCAUUGUGUCCUCAGUCGACAGGUGAGAGAAGAGUAUAAAAGAUGUUUCGUAGGGAAGGUCAAAUCCAGCACUACUUCUGAGACUUCAGGGAUCUUAUUAUCCUCAAUGCUGGCCAAUUCCAAAACGGGCUGAAGUCUAUUUUAGCUUCUGAAGACACCAUGGAAUAACAAGGAAAGUGUCAGCAAAGACAAAUUCACUGGGAUUCUUUUGUAAACUAUCUAAAGCUUAACAUGGUAACACAGCAGGAUAAUCACCUGACACAGUUGUCAGGUGCAUGGAAGACAACUGAAGCACCUGUCUCCCAUCGUGAUCCCCUUUGUCCACUUUGGAGUGAUCAGGCUUCUGCUCCAAGAAUCCAAGGCUACAGGGAUAGUUAGUCCUUCUUCCUCAGGGGGAACAAAGUCCAUAUUUCCUGAGUUUGGUCAUUUUUGUUAACAAAUAUUAUUUCUAUUUCUUAAUUAUUUUUUGCAAACUAUCUUCUCCCAUCCAGUUAUCAAGCAUUUAUUUUUUCCCUUUCAUUCCAUUCCCUCUCCCAACUGAAAAAUAAAAAAUAAAAACAAUAAAAACCUUGGAGUAAAUAUGAUAGUUAAGCAAAACAAAUUCUCACAUCAGCCUUGUCCAAAGAUGUGAGUCUAAUCCUACAUAUUUAAUCCAUUGCCUCUUAUCAGGAGGUAGCAUGCUUCAUCACUGGCCCUCUGGAAUCAUGUUUGAUCUUUGUGUAUUAAUGAGAGAGCUUUACUCUUUCAAAAUUCUUAUUUUUUACAAUGUUUUUGUUAUAGUAUAAAUUGUUCUCCAGGUUCCAUUCUCUUCACCCUGCAUCAUUUUAUAUGAGUCUUCCCAGUUUUCUUGGAAUAAAUUCCUACAAAUGAACAAAUGCCACUUGUUGCUUGUAUGAUCUCGGGUGAGUCCUAUUUCCUCUAAGUGGAAAGAGGGAAUUGGAUUCAAUGAUGAGGCCUCAAUGAUAAGUUUCCCAAGAUCUCUUCUAUCUCUAAAUCCUGUUAUUGUAUGAUAAGUGACCUUGGGCAGGUCAUCUAACCUUUAUGGGCCUCAGUUGUAAAAUGAGAGAAUUAUGCUCAUGAUCUCUAAGGUCCUUUCUAGCUCUUGACCCCAUGAGUCCUAGAUUAGUGAUGAAUAGAACCACAUCUUUCCAUUACUUUUCCCUUUGGAAAGUUUAUUUGGAGUAACAGCAGUGAUUCUACUCUCCCCCAAGACAAAUUUUCCUUCAUUCUCAAAAACAGUCAAGAAAACCCAGAGGCUUUUCUCUGCUUGCCCACAUGACUUCCCUUUCAAGCACUCUAUGUUCCAGCCAAACGGAAUCAUUCUCCUAUUCUAAUCUUUCCCUUUCCCAUCUGGGAUUUUGCUCAAACCAUUCUCAAGCCUACAAAUGGACUCUCCUUUCCACUUGCUUCAUCAUCUGUUAAAGUUCCACCUUCCAAGGCCCAAGGCCACAAGGCCUUCCCUUUAUGUGUCCAAUUGGAAGAGACCUCGCCUUCUUCCAAUUUCUCAUAAUAUUUCACCUGGGCUUUACCUUCCUCCUUUACUCACAAUAAUUUGUGCAACUGUCCUUCUCCUGUUAUUGUUGUUGAGUUAUUUUUCACUUUGUCUGAUACUUUGUGACUCUAUUUGGGGUUUUCUUGGCAGAGAUACUACAGUGGUUUGCUAUUUCUUUCUCUCUCUCAUUUUA